AUGUCAUUGCGUCGUUCUAGUUUUGUAGCCAUUCGAUCCCUUCGGGCUAUACCCCGGCCUGGAUCUGGAUCUGGAUCUGGAUCUAUCGCAGUUUCAUCCUCUUCUUCUUCAAGACCAUUCUCAACUUCUCUCCCCACGAGAAUGGUCGUUUCUCCCUUUCUAUACGAAGCUAGAAAACAACCAAAAUCCACUUGGGCUCAAAACCCAAUUGUGAAAUAUGAAGAAUUGAAACCCAUCACUCAACAACCAAAUGACGAAGUUCUCAUUAUCGAUGUAAGAGAGCCUGAUGAGGUCGCUCUUGGAUCAAUCCCUUCUGCUGUCAAUCUACCUUUAUCAAGAUUGAAGGAUGCUUUAGAUAGAGGUUUCAACCCUGGUGAUUUCCAAAGGGAAUUCGCAUUCUCCAAGCCCACUUAUGACCAAAACAUAAUCUUCUUUUGUCGAUCAGGUAAACGAUCAGCCAACGCGUCUGAAUUAGCAGGCGAGAAAGGUUAUCCAAAUGUAAGGAAUUAUGCUGGGAGUUGGUUGGAUUGGAGCAAAAAGGAAGGAGAAGACAAAGACGACUAG